AGCUGGGUAACAGAGAGAAAGUGAUGGUUUCUUGAAUCAAAAAAAACAGAAACAGGCAAUGGGAAACAAACAAACUAUUUUUACUGCCGAACAGCUUGAUACCUACCAAGAUUGUACCUUCUUUACAAGAAAAGAAAUACUCAGACUUUUCCACAGAUAUCGAGACCUGGCACCGCAGCUCGUUCCUGAUGACUACACAAGUAAACCAGAUGUGCGGAUUCCUUAUGAACUUAUCGGCAGUAUGCCAGAACUCAAGGACAACCCUUUCCGCCAGCGUAUAGCUGAGGUUUUUUCAGAAGACGGUGAGGGAAAUAUGACAUUGGAUGACUUCUUAGAUAUGUUUUCAGUGCUCAGUGAAAUGGCGCCCAGAGACCUAAAGGCAUAUUAUGCAUUUAAAAUAUAUGAUUUCAAUAAUGAUGACUACAUAUGUAAAUCAGACUUGGAAAAGACACUUAAUAAGCUUACCAGGAAUGAACUAACUCCAGAAGAAGUGUGUCUAGUAUGUGACAAGGUGAUUGAUGAGGCUGAUGUUGACAAUGAUGGAAAAUUAUCUUUGGAAGAUUUCCAGCAUAUGAUUGUCAGAGCUCCGGAUUUUCUCAGCACUUUCCAUAUUCGAAUUUAACUUCAAUCAAUAAUCUCGAAAUGGGUUUUGAAAAGAGUGGAUCUGGUUUCCAUGAAAUGCACAUC